GCCGGCACAAUCAGAUAAAACCACAUUACCAUUGAACUAGUGCAGGUGUGACACGUAGACUCGGAAGAGGAGCCGCGACAGUCUGCAUCAUCGUAUAGAAAAGGUUUUAUGUGGCUUUGCUCUUAAAUGUUUAAAAAAACGCGAUGUCUCCAUUAAAGACGAGUUGCUCUUCGGUGGGCCCAUUAUCUCAGCUCAAGAUGUACAGCUUUAUGGGAGGGGGCCUGUUCUGUGCUUUCGUGGGUAACAUCCUGCUGGUGGUCUCCACUGCCACCGACUACUGGAUGCAGUACCGUCUCUCUGGAAACUAUGCUCACCAGGGUCUGUGGAGGUACUGCAUGUCCAACAAGUGCUACAUGCAGACUGACAGUAUAGCUUACUGGAAUGCAACCAGGGCCUUCAUGAUCCUCUCAGGGAUGUCAUGCUUCGCAGGCAUCAUCGCUGGCAUCAUGUCCUUCACACAGUUCUCCUCCUUCGAAAGGUUCAACCGCUCCUUUGCUGCAGGAAUCAUGUUUUUUGUCUCCAUGUUCUUUGUUCUGCUGGCUAUGGCCAUUUACACUGGAGUGACGAUCAACUUCCUGGGGAGGCGCUUUGGCGACUGGCGCUUCUCCUGGUCCUACAUACUGGGCUGGGUGGCCAUGCUCAUGACCUUCUUUGCAGGUAUUUUCUACAUAUGCGCCUACAGAAUGUGUGAAAACAGAAGAGGAACGGGCCCACGCUAGAGGGAAACACCUUCACUGUUUGUGAAAAAUACGGACACGGACGCCGCAAACUAAAUAUUAGCUAUGAAUCAUCAAUCCUUCAACAGUUUGCAACAUGUUUUCUAAAAUGCCCUUCAUUUAAAUGAGCAUUUUACAAACUGA